AUGUACCCCUUCAAUACAGACCAAGUCUGGAACCGCCUCGCAGCACCAUUUCUCCCUUCAAACAGCCCCCAAAAGUCCAAAAUCACCUUCCUAACAGCCGUACCAACAGUCUACAACCGCCUCCGCAUAAGCUUCCCCUCCCUCCCGCAAGAAAUCCAAGCAGCAGGUCAAAAGGGUAUAUCCCCCGAAAACCUGCGCCUCAACAUCUCCGGCUCCGCAGCUCUACCAACACCCACAAAAACAGCAUGGCAAACCCUCAGCAACGGCAACGUUCUCCUCGAACGCUUCGGUAUGACCGAAGUCGGCAUGGCGCUAAGCUGUGGCCUCGACUUUACAGAUCGCGUCGACGGUAGCGUGGGCUGGCCAUUACCACAGGUAGAAGCACGACUCGUGGACACAGAGACGAACGAAGUUAUCCCGCUCGGUGAGGAAGUUGACGCGCAGGGCCGCGAGCGCGUGGGCGAGAUUCAAUUGCGCGGUCCUACUAUCUUCAAAGAGUACUGGGGUAACGAGAAAGCCACGCGGGAGAGCUUUGUGGACGGUGGCGAUGGCGGGGAACACUGGUUUUGCACUGGCGAUGUCGCGACGAGACGUAUCGUCCCUGGCGCUGGGAAGGGGACAAGUGGAGAUUGGGCCCGAGGCCCGAUGUAUUUCAUCCAGGGCCGGAAGAGCGUCGACAUCAUCAAGACGGGCGGAGAGAAAGUGAGCGCGUUGGAAGUUGAGCGGGAGUUGCUUUCUCUACCACAAAUCGCCGAAGCAGCCGUCGUAGCCCUCCCCUCCGAACAAUGGGGCAGCAAAGUCGCCGCCAUCGUAGUCCUACAUCCCGAUGCGCAUACCACCGGACGAAACGGUGUAUCCUGGGGACCGAUGGAUAUGCGGCGUGCGUUGAAGGAUCGAUUGGCUGGGUAUAAGAUUCCGCAGGAGAUGAAGGUUUUGGAUACGAUUCCACGGAAUGCGAUGGGGAAGGUGAAUAAAAAGGCGUUGGUCAAGCAGGUGUUUGAUGUUUAGAUUGGGGAUUGAGAUUGAAAAGUGGUGUUUGUGGUUUGUUGGUCGAUAGAUUUGUUGGAUUUGGAGGCUCUCUUCUCUUGGUCAAGGACGUGUAUGAUAGGUAAAUUUCAGUUUGUAUCAAUAUUUUCGAGCUCAGAGCAGUGUUUGCAGUAUAGACCUUUUUGGGGUGGAUGACAUCUCGAAUGCAAAUUGAGACACGAAUAUCACGAGCACUAUGGAAAGGUUGUCGUAACACAGGAAUCAAG